UUUUGCCAAGUUAUGUUGAACUUGAAAUGAACUACAGUUCCAACAAUGCAUCUGCCACUGCCUAACUGUCCGCUCAAGCUCCACCCUUACCUGGAGAGGUGUGCUUUUGAUGUGUAUUCAUCACUCUCGGGAAGCCGAAAAUGAUACUUUUUUAUUUUUAGCGACUGAUUGGCGAUAGCCCACGCGAGGUUCGGUGUGAUGUCUGAAGGUCUAUUGUACAUUUUCGAACUAUGUCAAGGCCAAUGGCAACAAGCAGUCUGAAAACAAAGCUUCUGCCUGUAACACGAGGAGACACGAGGGCAAACAUGAUUCCUGUGGAACAUUGGAAACCAGAAGAGGUUUCGGCUUGGAUAAAACACAUUGGCUUUACCGAACAUGCGCAAAAUUUCUUGGAAAACUCAGUCUCUGGAUUGGAUCUUUUGGAGAUCAGCGACUCAACACUUGAGUGGCUGGGUGUGCGGGACGUGGCACAACGACUGGGCGUCCUACAACGGCUAGAGGAGCUUCUGGAGUUGCAGGCCGGAGAGCCUGAUCCCGACCCCACCUCCAGUGCCAACGGCAGUGCCAACCCCAGUGCCGCCGUCAGCGUGGUCGAGCAGCGGAGCGAAGAGCGAGCGUCGCACCAUGAGCACACCACAGCCGUGACCCUCCCAGCCAGCAGCAACAGCCACAACAGCCACACAGAGGGGGAGGCAGUGGGAGAAAGAGAAGAUAUUGGGGAAGAGCAACAGGAAAUAGAGGUUGAAGAAAAACAAAAGCACUGCAGCGUUGACCCGACACCCCUCUUCUCUUUCUUUGUCACUAUUCGUUUGCCACAGAUGUUUCGGAAAAAAGCCUCCUCCUCCUUGAGAAUGGGACGAAUAUCAGAAAGCUCUAGAUGGAGCGCUGACCGAGGCCGCAGUUCCUCCUUCCAUGAGGUGAGGGGUCUGCGCGACUUCGACAUGAGGCCGAUGGCGGACGAGGCGUCUGGCGGAGGAAGUGGCGGCGGAGGCAGUGGCGGCGGCAGCAACACCGUCCUCCAGCGCCUCCUACAGGAGCAGAUGCGCUACGGCGACAGCCGCAACUACCUGGCUCUGCAACAACAGCAGCAACAGCAGCAGCAGCAGCAACAACAACAACACCAACAACACCAACAACAUCAGCAGCAACAGCAGCAGAUGCAGCAACAUCACCAACAGCAACAGAGCCAGCAGGGGUCCAUGGGCGGGUACCCACAGGGUCCUGGAGGCCCAGUGGAUGACCACUCCAUGAUGCCCCACAUUGCCCGGCAGGAGCCUCAGGGACAGGAGCUGCAGGCGGACAGCGGCCUGGAAAAGCAGCUUGGGACGCGGGGAGGUGCAGGGGGAGGCAGCGGAGGAGCUGGAGGAGGAGGAGGCGGCAUGGGAGGGGGCCAGGGGCCCAACCCGGAGGACCUGCCCACUUACGAGGAGGCCAAGGUGCAGUCGCAGUACUUCCGAGGUCACCAGCAGCCACCUCCAUCGCAGCAGCAGCAGCAGCAGCAGCAGCAGGGACAACAGCAAUGUGGGCAGCAGCAGCCCCAGCCUCAGUCCCAGCUAGGGGCGGCCUUCUACGUGACGGGGGUCAGCGGAUUCGGCGGUGGCGGUGGCGGUAGUGCAAAGGUGCGCACGGAGGGCCGUCCGACGGUGCAGCGGGUGAGCGGCGCUGGCAAGGUGCACCAGGACGACGGGCUGAAGGACCUGAAGCAGGGCCACGUGCGCUCCCUCAGCGAGCGGCUCAUGCAGCUGUCGCUGGCCACCAGCGGGGUGAAGGCCCACGCGCCCGUCACCAGCGCACCGCUCUCCCCACAGCUGCCCCCUCCCGGCCCCCCCGGGGACUACUACAAGCCCACCUCGCUGGGCCAGCCGCACCGCGGUCCCCCGCCCGACUACCCCUUCAAAGGCAUGGGGUCUCCGCCCAAACACCAGCCCCACCAGGGCCAGCAGGGUGGACAGCAGGGGCACCAGCAGCAGCUGCAGGGGCAGGAGCCGGGAGGGGGGCACUACUACACCGAGCCCCACCGGCAACCACCACAGCAGGGACGCUCCGACAUGCCCCACGUCCGGUACCAGCCCCCGCCCGAGUACGGAUCCUUCCGGUCGAGCAAAGAGAGUUCUCAUCACUCUCAGAGGAACCUCCACCACCACAGCCCCACCUCGUCCGUUACGUCCGUGGGCUCGUUGUCCCGCGCCCAGUCCGCCACCCUUAGCAGCCUGAUGGCUGCAGCGGCCGCCUCCAGCCACGCUUCCCAACAGCACAUGGCCCACCAGGGCGACCCCUACUCCCUGGGCCCCCGGAGCCCGGGCUCCCAUCAGGGAGACCCCUACGGGCCUGGAGGCCCGGUGCACGCACCUCAGCAGCGGCCACAUGGAUUCCCCCAGGACCCCUACGGCUCGGCGCCCAGGAGCCAGCACCAACACCAGCACCAGUACCAGCACCAGCAGGGACCAGGGUCUGGGCAGGGUCAUGGACCCGGACCAGGGUCCGGCUCGGGACAGGGUGGGCAUUACGGGCAUCCGUACUCUAUGCAGAGUGACCCAUACGCCAUGAUGGCGCGGGCACAGCAGAUGGUGGACAUGCUGACAGAGGAGAACCGCAUGCUGAAACAGGAGAUGGAGCUGUGUGCCGAGAAGGUGUCCAAGCUGCAGAAGCUGGAAACGGAGAUUCAGCUGGUGUCGGAGGCGUACGAGAACCUGGCCAAGUCAUCAACGAAGCGCGAGGCCCUGGAGAAGACCAUGAGGAACAAGCUGGAGCUGGAGGUGCGGAGGCUGCACGACUUCAACCGGGACCUCAGAGAGCGCAUGGAAACGGCCAACAAGCAGCUGGCAGCAAAAGAGUGUGAAGGUUCCGAAGAGAACCGCAAGACCAUCUCUCAGCUUCUUGCUCAGAACAAGGAGACUCAGCGUGAGAAGGAGAAGCUGGAGAUGGAGCUGAGUGCCCUGCGCUCCACCAAUGAGGACCAGCGGCGUCACAUCGAGAUCCGCGACCAGGCCCUCAACAAUGCCCAGGCCAAAGUAGUCAAACUGGAGGAAGAGCUGAAGAAGAAGCAGGUGUAUGUGGAGAAGGUGGAGAGGAUGCAGCAGGCUCUGGCUCAGCUGCAGUCCGCUUGUGAGAAGAGAGAGCAGCUGGAGCACCGUCUGCGCACACGCUUGGAGAGAGAGCUGGAGUCGCUGCGUAUGCAACAGAGGCAGGGUAGUUCCCAGAGCACGGCUGCCCCCGAGUACAACGCCACGGCUCUGAUGGAGCACCUGCGGGAGAAGGAGGAGCGCAUCCUCGCCCUGGAGGCCGACAUGACCAAGUGGGAGCAAAAGUACCUGGAGGAGAGCGUCAUGAGGCAGUUCGCCCUGGAUGCAGCUGCCUCUGUGGCUACGCAGAGGGAUACGUCCUCCACAGGCAUCAGUCACUCCCCCAGCAGCAGCUAUGACACAUCAGUGGAAGCCCGCAUCCAGAAAGAGGAAGAGGAGAUCCUCAUGGCCAACCGCCGCUGCCUGGACAUGGAGAGCAGGAUAAAGAACCUGCACGCCCAGAUCAUUGAGAAGGAUGCUAUGAUCAAGGUGCUGCACCAGCGCUCACGGAAGGAUCCUGGCGGGAAGGGCGAUUCCCCGUCCUCAGCCAUGCGGCCGUCCAAGUCGCUCAUGUCCAUUGCCAACGCCAGCAGCGGGGGAGGGGCCAGCAGCUCGGGCCUCCUGUCCCACAGCUUGGGCCUCAGCGGCAGCCCCAUCACCGAGGAGCAGCGCAAGGACGACCGCAGCUGGAAAGGCAGCCUGGGAGUGCUCUUGGGACCUGAGUUCCGCAUGGACUCCCUAAGGACAGAGUCCAUCUCCUCGUCCCCAUCCCCUGUGCUCUACUCCAGCCACUCCAAGACAGGCAGCAGGGACAGCUGCACACAGACGGACAAGAGCCAGGAGGCCAGCAAGCCCAGCACCCCGGCCCUGCCCUCCCUGCCCCAGCAGUCCCGCAUCACCAGCCCCAGCCCAGUCUACAUCCCAGACCGCAUCGCAGAUGUCCCUGCGUAUCACUGCAGCACGCUUGAGAGGAGAGCCCCAAUGCAGUCACUUCCUCAACCUCUCAGCCAAUCCGAUGUGGACAAUGACAUGGUGGAGAUUCUAAUCUAAACCACAGUGCUUUCACACACACACAGACACACACACACACACACACACACACACACAUCUACACAUUUUUCUAUGCCAUGCUUGAUACAUACUUUCAAUGUAUGUGAAGGAUUCCUCUUUUCCCCCUCUUUUCCUCAGACUGCGUUGAUUCUAUGUGAGGGUGUGUGUAAAUGCACUAUUUGUCAUGUGCUUUUAAAAAGGUGUUUUUCAGUGAAAAAUACCUCAUGGAGUUAGGAAGGAACUUGCCGCGCUUGGUGUUAAAAGAACAAUCAGUCCUCUUUUAUUGGAAGAAUUUUGUCUUCCUUCAAUCCCAAACCCUUGGACCAAAUGUCUUUAGUUAUCAUUCAUUUCAUUUUUUUUCUCCAAUUUGCUCCUCUACCAUUUGCAUGUAUUGCACUAUCUACCCUGUACACAUUCUGUUUUUUUCUUUACUCAGUAUAUUUAUGUUUAGAAUGAUAUUUAGUGAUGUUACAUAUGGCACUUGGGGUAGCAGACCCAAAUAUUGUAGGUAGUAGAACAUUUGCUUUUUUAUUUCUUUGUGUCUGUUAAUGAGCUGCCCAUAACAAUGAAAUAUGCACAACUGAAACAAACGGAUCCCUAAAGGUAAAUGGGUUUUCACAAAACACAGCUGUGUUCUGACUGCAAGUCCCUUUUCUAGUUAAGCCUUUGAAACUCUUUACAAUCAAGGUCACCAGUUUGAACAGAACUAUAAUCCAACCGUUUUAUUUGGACACCUUCCUUCAGAAAUGACGUGUAACUAUGUACAUAGUUGUCCAUAGAUGUGGUGUUAGUGCGAUGGUUGAACUGAAUGUUUCUUGUAGCAGGUAGAUAAAAAAAAAAAACCAUAAGGGUUUUAUGCCCCAUAAGGCAUUGUCAGUAAAGGACCACAGUAUACUGGGAGGGAGUUUCUGUGGGGAAGGUUAUUGGCAGAAUGUGAGUGGUGUGAUAGUGCCUUGUAAAAAAGCCCACUGGUUUGGGGUUCCUGAAUCCUGAUGUUUGCCCUGUGUGUGUGUGUGUGUGUGUGUGUGUUUGUGGGCUGUGGUAAAAUAUUGGGGAGGUAAGACGUACUGCGUUUUACUCAUUCAGAAUUAUCAAAGGAUUUCAUUUCAGAGUGGUGUGUGUGUGUGUGUGAGUGUGAGAGAGAGAGUUUAUGUACAUAUGUGUAUAUUGUUUGGGUGUGUGUGUGCCAGUGUGCGCUGUGCAUUUUCAUUGAAUGGACCUAGUCUCAGAAUGCUUUCAGUGUACAACCAGACGCAGCUAAGUUGCAAGGGAUUAAUCAUAAUUAUUAUAAUGUCCGAACAGUCGUCAUCAGACAUCAAGCUGAUUGCCCAGGAAAAUUGAGAGGCAGUGAAUCAGAUGAUUUCCCAAUAGGACAAAAAGGAGAUCUUAAGGAGAUUGUGAAAUGCCACUCAGGCCAUUGUCCCAUCUUUAUCAGCUCAUUUAGUGAAAUGUAUUUCAAGAGUGUCAUGUAUCAAAAACACAAUGAUGAGUAUUAAAUCAUUAAAGAACAAUAGUAGAUGGCUGAGAUGAAUGCUGUAGAUUUUUGUCUUCUUACAAACAAAAAGAAAUUAAUGACCAAAGAGGUAUCCAGCGAGUGUAGAGUUGUAGGAAUCAACAUAUAACAGUGGGAGUAGAAGGACCACAGAGGUCUAUGACAGUAUUCAUGUAGUUUCUGUGACUACAAACGUUACGUUAAUGUUGCGUUACAAACAUUUGGAGAAACCAGGGUUACACUUUUGUCCUGAAUGACUUAUCUGGAAGUCUGGAAUUGUUUUCUGACCAGUGGUUAAAAGAUCAAAUCAUUAGCAGAAACACUGUGGGAUAUGUCGUGUCUGUGGCAUAUGCCAUAUUCUCAGUGCCUGAAAGAAGACUGCUUCUGUGCCUUUCUAUUGUGCUACUUGAAUGUUUGUUAUUUUCAGCACAGCCUACUUUGCUCACUCUAGACAAUAGACCAGACAAGAGGGCUCUAAAUUCACAUGCUGAAUAGACAGACUGCAAUCAUAUAUUUAUCAGUUACCUGAAGAUGACUGCAGUUAAGGGUAGUUUAUCAUUGUCUAUGUACUGGGGAAACAUUUCAAGAAAGAAAUCAAGCAAUACUGACAUUUCAAUUAUCCACAAUAAUCACAGAUGCUGGUGUUUUUCCUUUGGAUCCAACAUCACAUAUCUGAUGGUGAGCUGCAUUUCUAGACCAGUGAAGCUGUGGUUCAAAUAUUUAUCCAAUUCUUUCAUUCAAUGCCAGAAAGUGUUUUUGCCCAUCUUGAUGGUCUGGCUUGCCUUUCUUGGUGGUUUUGCUUUACUCUUAUGUAAAAAAAAGAAACUGCUAUUUUUGUCUUCAUUUGUCCCCCAUAAACAGUUUCAGAGAAGACUUUGUUCCAUCUUGUCUAUCUGUGAGGUGAAAUGUCUUUUGGCUGGCAGCAAUAGGCACUAAAUGAGCUAUCGGUUUCAUAUUUUCAUCUAUAGCAGUCCCCAGUCAGCACACAAACGUAUUGUACUAGGUGCCUUUCAAUAGUUUAAUUUCAAACAUUGUUGUGUCAUGAAAAUGUGUUAACAUUUUAAAUUUGGUCUAGUUUGCUGGUCUCUAACUGUCUUGUUGAAAUCAAACAAUUGGCUACAAUGUGGAACAUAGAAAAUGGAGGCAGUCACAGUCCACCCAGGUUGGACACAUUCACUAACCAUGCCUGUGUGGACAGUAGAUAGAGGACAUUUUCUAGAGGUUUGUGUUUCUGGCAUCUGAUUGAUUAAUUAAUUAAUUGAUUAGGCAGCUGACUCAUGUUUACUACAAUACCUAACAAAUGGACAUAUGAUUAGGUGAAGUUGGAACCUAGUUAUCACUCCCUUGUUCUCUUCCAUUGUUACUAUCCUUGUUGCUUCCUCUUCUGGCUAAUGGGAGCCCAACAAGUUGUCCGACUACAUACUUGGUAACAGCUAUAAAACUGACCUUAAAGUGUCACAGCAGACAAACCAUAAUAUGUUAUCAUUGUUUCCAAUGACAUGCCAUUGUCAUGUACUAUUAUUGGUCACGUGUCAUGUUUGCAUAUCUCCUGUGAUGUAUUUACAUAGCUGUCAUUGCAAUCUCUGACCAUUGUAGAUUAUCCUUUUGCAUCACUGGCACUAAUUAUUGUCAUUCUUUGACAGAAUAUCACAUCUACAAUGACAUUUUUGUCUGUCUCAUGACCGAUGGUUUUAGGAAAUUGUCACCAGAUUAAUCUGGGCCUAAAUGGACGGUGUCUACUGUAUGUGGUUAACAAAGCUGCGUGUCUCUUUGAAUUUCCAGUUCAUUCUGUGCCAACAUCCCCUACCAUAGUGUUUCUGGUUUGUUUUGUCUCAAAAGGUAUGUUUUAGAGAAGCUGCUUGAGAAUGUUUUUACCAUACAAUCAUUCUUUAAAAAAAAAAAAAUAGCUUGUAUUCUCCUUUAAUCAGAAUUCAAUUGACACAAAUCAUCUCAUGCUGGUUUCAUUUUGUGGUUUUGACUUUUACUGUUAUUUUGUUAUUACUUCUGCAAUGUUCCAAAAAAUAAUGAGUUAACUCUUAAUUUAAAUUUGUAUGGAGUAAAAUCUACAAGAAUUCCUUUUUGUUAAAAUUUCUAUUGUUAUUCACAUAUUUUUGUUAAAACCACUUGAUAUUAAAAAGAAAAUGCCUUUCCUAA